AUGUCUCAAGGCCACGCGGUGGUUUUUGCAGACCAUGUGGAAGCGCGGCAGAUGGGUGAGCACACUAGAGAGCUGCGCUUUCCAGAGACCCUUUCAGUGCAGAGUGUCAAGGUCAUCGGCCGAAAUGAAAAGGUACAGCUGCAGGGUCCAUCAGGAUUAGGAAGUUUUGAAGGCCGAACAUACCCAGACAUUCGCAUGAUUGGUUUGGCCGUGUAUGCCUCUGAUCUUCUGGCCGCCAAUUCUACAAUGUCCCCGUUGAAGGCAAGCUCACCUGGAACAUUCACCAUGCCAGGGGGCCAACUCAUUACAAACAGCAUUGUGAUCCGGGGAAAGUUUAUCAAGCUCUCAGUCGUCAUAACUGGCCAGAUUCUGCCCAGUGCCGAAGUCCAAUCCUUGCCAGCGAUGCCCAGCAUAGCUCAGCAUCUCCGCCCAGAUACGAGCUUUGAAGCAGACAAGCUGGACAUGGCAGACCUAGAAGAUUUGCGGAGCAGUGUUCUCAAAAAUAUUGAGGCAGAACUUGCGGACGCAGAGGGCGAUAACUCUUUCAAAGUGUCAGAUGCCACAGCACCGCCGACGUUUGUGCGCGCAUUGGGGCUUGGUGCUGUGCAAGAGGCGAACGCUCGACUGACCGAUCAUGUCGCCUGGCUACCAACAGUCAUCCAAGAAGGUGAUGCCACAGAGAGUGAGCAAGUUGUGUCUCGCUUGGAAACUUUGUCAAAUGACAUAGUUCUGUUGGCGCAGAGGGCACCAGAAAAUGCAGCACAUAUCCACCACGGUCCCGAGCUAUGCCGUUCUUUGCUUUCGCUAGUGGCUCGAUGCAUGGAGCGACUGGAGCUCAGACCUUUGCGAGCUACCCUGCAAGCUCUGGCAACCUCUCUGUUGUCAGCAACUGCCGCUGCAGAGAUAUUGAGCAGGAAGGGUGACCUGGACAUCGUUGUGCAAAUCCUGAAGGAGGAAGAUUGGAACCAGCAGAGUCUUAGGUUAGCCGCCCUCCAAACGCUUUUGCAGCUAUGUUCACAUGCUGCAGGGAUGGAGGCAUUUCUGGGAUGGUCGGACGUGCUUACCAGCCCAACUGGCCAGACCACGGCAUAUGAGGUGGUGCUGUCGCUGAUUCUCACCGGCACACCCGGACAGCCGCGGAUCCAGCAUGUUGCUAUUAGCUUGCUAAGGAGGGCCGCCUUCUAUGAAGCGCUCGCACGGCUGGAUGAAUGUUGCUCAAAACUAGAGGAGGCCGGGGAAGCCGGAGAGGCUCCUCAGGACAGGCUGCAUAAGGAAGCCGCCACCGCGCUGCAGGAUGUCAGUGUGCAUCUCGAGGACUUGAGCCUUUCGCCUGCUCGAGAUGAGUCCCCUUGCGACGAUAUUCUCAAUAACCACAGCUUGGAUGAUUCAAAGCUUCCAGGUGUGAUUUUUGGGGGCAGCGGGACUGGCUCUGUGGCCAACGAUCCCUUUGCUCAAGGCCAAAGUCACUUGUACGGCUUUCUGGAGUCAUUUAUGACUGGACGCCGUUUGCUUAACGUUCUCGACUGUGGGGUUGGACACAAGAAAUUGCCAGCUGUGCCCCGCUUUCCCUCGGCUUUGGUAAGAGAUUUGUCUGCGCCGCACUUGGGGGCUUUGGCCGCCACCCAUGUCCGGGCUUUGCGUCUGGCACUGCGUCUGGUGGCUGCCACAAGGUCCAAAGGUCGAGGUGGACUCUUACCUGAAGAGCAUGCCUGUGUGGCUCUGGCUGCUUUGCACCGACUCUGUGUCAGAGGAUCAGCAGGUCGGUGUGCAGUUGUUUAUGCCUUUCGAAGCGUGUUCUUCUCAGAGUGGCUGAUGCGACAAAUCGAAGGGCGUUUGGAUGAAGCAACUCCCAGUGGAAGCAGGCCAUCCCAGGUUCAACCCUCGCUUCGUCAUUUGGUUGCGAUUCUUCAUGCCCUGGUAUUAUCCGACCCCUCGGGUGCCGCUGCAGAACGCUUUGGGGCCAGAGUGUUGACUUUGGUUUUGCAGGCUAUCCGUGUCUUGGAGCCUGAGGCAGAUGAGUCUGCAGACCCGGGUGCUCUGUUGGAGUUCGCUUUGGACAGUGAAGGUGCAGAGGGCGGGCUCGGCAAGGCGGUACGUUUUGGGAGACGCAGUGCUGACUUGGAGUUUCUGAAGAAUUUAAGGGACCUAGCCGCUCAGCUGAAGCCCUGGCGCCCGGAGGAAUCUGACACAACAAAUGGUGCUGUAGCACAAGCUCCUGUGACCAGCAGCAAGCUGAUGGCAAGCCUGGUCCUCACUCGAGGCCCCAGAUCACUGAAGCGCUCAACAAACGAGGAGCGUGGAAGUAGGCGUCUUGCAUUGGUCCUUGGCGGCCAUUCAGCCGCAAGCGGGGUCGACGUGCCAGAGGUUGACUUCAAGGCUGGAGAGUCUGCAGAGCACGCUGACCUGGCUGACGACCUCAACGAGCGCUAUCCCAGUGAGGACCUCACCGAGUUACCGCUCCUUGCAAUGCGCGUUAUCUGCCGUAGAGCUGCUUCGAGUCCCAAGGAGGCUCUUGCAAUCGCUGUCGAUCAAGUUGCUGAUGUCAAAGGAAGAGAUGGGAUUUCUUAUUUGGUGCCUUGGCUCAUUCGGUGCUCAGGAGCCCUUAGCCUAAAUCUAGAAGCCAGUAUUCUUUGUGAAGAGAAGAAGCCAAUAGCUGCGAUUUAUGCAACGCGCCGUGCCCAUGCUCAACUCCUGGAAGCAGCGUUGCAGACAUGUGCGCACCUUUUGUGUGGACUGAGAGAUGCUGGGGUGUCUCAUUACCGACACACAGAGCUGUGCCAGGCGCUUUUUCUAUUGGCGCAGCGGCUAACAUCAGGUCUGUUUGGUCUCGCGCCACGUGGCUCUUUCAAUAGUGAUCCGGAGUUCCGGCUCCUUUGGCGACACUGCAUCGCAUGGGUCUGUCGCCUGUUCCGGCUUUGGUUUCAGAGCUUUCCUGAGUCAGCUGGAGGGCAGCUCCUGCUCCCUUUGCUCCGGCAUGCUCGCGUUCUGCCGACCAACUUUACAGGAGGAAUAUUGCUUCUCGCCACGUGUGGGAGCCUCAAGCCUGUUCUUCCUCCGACUUCGCAUCAAUUUGGCCUUGUGUUCUCAUCUCCACACCCUACAGACAGUUUGCAGUCCCAGUCGGUGCUCUUGCCCACGGGAACCCGCACUGGCAACGCUGGCAUGGUGACUUUGCGGCCUGUCUCGCCCAGCCAAAUGGCUGGUCGUGAUGCUUUUGGCCAGUUCUGGAGCAAAACCUCCGAGGUGGACUUGGAGGACGCAAGCUGCAAGGAUCCCCUGGUGAGAGCGCUUGCAGCAGAGCGAGAGACUGCUGCAGCUGCUGCCGCUCGGGCCUUGGGCUUGGUAGAGACGGUGAACCAGCGCAGGGAGCGGCUUUCCCUGGACGAUGUUGCGGAGUUGCUGGCCAUGGUGGCUGAGUGUUCUCUCACCUCAGACGCUUUUCUUCACCUUUGCACUGCCAAAGUAUUGGAGAAGCUUACACUUGCUGGCUUGCCUGUCCUUAUGCUGAUUCGAAGGCUGGCAGAGGCUGCUCUAAAUGGUGUUGUGCUGGAGACGGAGGGCGGCGAUGACAUCAGUGGUGGUGCUGCUCGCGAUCCUCGCGAUGCUCGUGCAGUUUCUCGCUUGCUGCUGCUUCUGGCUCAUUUCGGAUCUCUUGGCAUGGCUGCGAGACUGGCUCUUUCGGAGCAUCAAGUAGAGACUCUUUGCCAGUCAGUUCUCGCUCAUUCGCCUGCCGCUUCUCUGCCUCCCAUGGCAUUUGCUCAGUCCAUUAGGCUAUUGGGUUUGAUGUUUGCAUCACCAGCCUCUCAUUCAGUGCCAAAGUGUAGAAUGGUUGCCAAAGCCGUAAACCUGCUGAUCAAUAAGAGUCCGGACGAGAUGCACCCCGCAAGCGUUUCGACUGUAUGUGCUGCAUUGGAGCUCUUGUUGGGUCUGUGUGCUCCACAAUGGCUUUGCCUCAGCCUGAUCUUCAGUGUUGGAGAUGCCAGUGAUGCAGACACUCUGCCAGUAACUGUGAGUAGCGCCUUCAAACUUGGACACUGCGCGCACCGCAUUGCAACAGAGCUUCAGUCAUGCUGCCAGCAGUGCCAUGGGGCAGAGAGAGGAUCCGAGGAGGAGGGCGCAGCCUUUGAGGAACUCACCAGUUGGCUUCGAGCAGCGGACUCCCUCAUCUCCCUUUGCCGGAGGGUUGUGGGUCACAGCCCUUCAGCAGCGGUCUUCCUUCAGGUUGUGAAAGGUGGGAGCACUCCACAGAACCUGUUGGAAGAGUUCCUGCUUGCCUUGCAACAGGCUCCGAACAACCAGCCGCACCUCAACGGGAAUUACAUCCCUGAUCAGGUCAGCAGUGUCAUCAAAGCUGUCAAAGGCUUGCGGGAAGAGCUGGCUGCAAAGCCUCCGGAUCCGCUUCCGACAGUGCUUCCUGCAAGCCUGUUUCAACAGCCCGUGCGGCCAGGACGGAGUGCAAAGUCAGCAGCGGAAAGUGCAGGCGACACUGGCCUGAAUGGCAGUGCGGAUACAGCAAAGGAACUUUCGGACAACAGUGCUCGUGCUCUUGAAGAAGUAGUCAGCCUCCUGGAUGCAGCGGCUGAUCUUGAAGCUAGUGCAGAAUGGGCUCUUGUUGUGGAGCUUGACCCUGCGGAACCACCCGCAGAAGAUGCCAAAAUGGACUGGGAGUUUGAUGCCGUAACCCUCAGAAGGAAGCGGCAAGACUUCUUGGAGAAGUUUGAGUCUGACAGGAAAGCGAAGCGUCUGAAACAGCAACAGGAGAAGCAGCUACAGGAGAAGCAGUGGGUUGAACGCGCGGAAGACCGCAGCGCAGCUCCGGGUGCCAAUGCUGCAGCGAGCCGCACAACAGGCGACCCUGGUGACCACACAGCCAGUGAUGUGAAAGAGGAGCAUCGUUCUACAGAGCCUCCGCCCAAAAAAGAACCACAAGACGAUGAAGCUGUGAACCCUGCCGAAGCUUUACAAUCCUUCCUGAAGGAUCAUCCCGAGUUUAUGCGGGUUUUGCAGAACCCGAAGAGGUGUUUGGCUGACCCUCGUGUGAAAACUAUGUUUGUCACUGAGCUGCAGAACUAUCCUGCUGUCAAGUCGUUUCUAGCCUCAAGAGGGCUGCAGCUGUCGUGA